GCGCGUGGGUUAGGGCCAUCUCCUGGAGUUUGUGAUCCUGAAUCCUUCCUUCAUCCAUCACCUACAGUAGCUCCUCAGGAUGCAUUCCUGUCCAUGCUGACUCGAUCCUGUGCAGCUAACUAGAGAUGCUGUAUGAGUCGCUGUGUGCCAUAGCCAUGACAGGCUCAGAAGUGACUUAAGCACACGUAGUUACUGGACAUUCUUGACGAGGAUAUCUGAACUAACCACUACUUCCUGGGAAAAGGAGCGACUCUGAACCAAGCCGAGAGCAACACAAGCCGAUUGCUAUAAGCACAAAUAUUUCGAAGUCAUCAGACACUCGUACUAAGUCCUUGCCUACGGUGGGCAACCGAACACAAUGUCGGUAAGCCUGUUGUGCUGGUUUGUUUUACAUCAACUUGACCCAGGCGAGAGUGAGUUAAAAAGAAAGCACUUCACCUGAGCCAGAACGCUUAGACCGCGUUGGCCUAUGGGCAAACCUGUGGUGCAUUGUCUUCACUAAGUGACGGAAGCGGAAGAUGGGUGAGUAGGUGGGCCUGGGUGCUGUAAGAAUCAGGCUGAGCAAGCCACGUGGAAGAAACCAGGAACUAGCACUCCCCCGUCGCCUCGCCUCGCGAAGAUCCUGCUGUUUGGCUCUUGGCUUGACUUCCUGCACUGGCUUCCCUCAGCAAGAUGGUGGGACCUGAGAGUUUCAAGCUGAAACAAACCCUUUCAUCUACAAGGGACACCUUCGGAGCGGGGCCUCCGAUGGGACGCCGGCGGAGCCAGAGAGCAUGCGCGUCCGCCCCGAGCAUGCUCAGUAGCGCGCGCGGCUCCCCGGAGCUCCGACGCCGAUCGGCGAGCGAAGCGGAGGUCUCCGCCGCAGCCGAGGGAGCGACAGGAAGUGAAGUGGCCCCGCCGGGCGACCGCGGCGGCAGAACGCGAGGCAGCGGAAGGGGCUCUGCGGCGACGGCGUCGUCGACCGGGGAGGCCGAGGGAGCUGAGCGCGGGGCAGACACGCCCGCUCGGAAGCCGGACCCCGAGGCGGGCAGGAUGGAUCACCACCAGCUGGGGACUGGCCGCUACCAGGUGCUUCACAACGAGGACGAUAACUCAGAAUCAUCUGCCCCAGAGCAGCCGUCAGCUUCCAGCUCAGCAGCACAGCCUGUGGAGGCUGCUGCCUCAGCGCCAGCCCUGGACGCCGACUCUUCUCCUCCACCUUACAGCAGCAUCACUGUGGACGGUCCCACAACUUCAGAUGCUGACGUGUACAGUGAGUUUUACCCUGUGCCCCCUCCGUACAGCGUCGCUACCUCUCUCCCGACAUACGAUGAGGCUGAAAAGGCUAAAGCUGCUGCCCUGGCCGCUGCAGCAGCAGACGCACCUCAAAGAAACCAAGAGGAAGAGUGUCCACCCAGGGAUGACUUCAGUGAUGUGGAGCAGCUCAGAGUAGGCAAUGAUGGCAUUUUCAUGCUGGCCUUUUUCAUGGCAUUCAUAUUCAACUGGCUUGGAUUCUGCUUAUCCUUCUGUAUCACCAAUACCAUAGCUGGAAGAUACGGUGCUAUCUGUGGAUUUGGCCUCUCACUGAUCAAAUGGAUCCUUAUUGUCAGGUUUUCGGACUAUUUUACUGGCUAUUUCAAUGGACAAUAUUGGCUUUGGUGGAUAUUUCUUGUACUUGGCCUGCUCCUUUUCUUCAGAGGAUUUGUUAAUUACCUAAAGGUCAGAAACAUGUCUGAAAGUAUGGCAGCUGCGCACAGAACAAGAUACUUCUUCCUUCUCUAGAGGUGAGAAAUGCUAAUGUGAUGUUUCUUUAGUCAUAAUCUAGUCCUAUUUUCCAGACACAUAUUAAAUAUUUAAUGUGUACCUCUUAGUUUUACUUAGUAUAUUUAUUAUGACUGUACUGUUAAUAGUUUACUGAAAGUUGCUGACCUUUUUAGAUAAUUUAGAUAAAACAUUUUAAGUAGAAUUUCAUGAAUUUAAAUUUUAAAAUACAAAAUCAUAAUCAAAAGCUUUAUUUAUUUAUUGAUUGAUUGAUUGUGGUGCCAGGCUCGAGCCCAGAGCCUUGCAUGUGGAACAAGCAGGCCCUUUCCCCUGCGCCCUUGGUCUUUGAGACAGGCUUGUGCUGUGUAGUUCUGGCUUGCAUUAACCUGGGACUUCCUAAAUACUGGGGUUAAGGUGUGCACCACUCUCCUCAGAGAGACUUAAAUCCUACUUUUCAACUCCUCUUUAAUGAUUUGCCACAGCACAUUUGAAGUGAUUGGUAGCACAAAACUUGAAGACUUUAAAAAGCAUAAUUUUUCUAACAAAAUACUUACAUAGUGAGGAUGGAAAUUCUGAAAAAGUAAUGCAGAGUCCAUACGGUCAUCUGGUGAGAAAAUAGAAGGACCACAGAUUUGCAGCUGAGAAACCCUUUGUCCCAUAAUAAAAGGAGAAGGAAAUGAGUGGAGAGAACUCGAGUUACCUGGGGAGUUUUUAGAAGUCAUGGUGCAGUCAACAUUUAUUAAACAGCCAAGGAGUCUGUUCGUACAAUGGCACCGUUUCUUCACUUAUUUCUUGGUAUUUAUGGGUUCUAUUUCUAUUUGCUUAACCAGCCAUGGAUUUUUAAAUAUUUGACAAAGAAUUACGUCCAUACUGAUUCUGUACAUUUCCCUUGCCACUGUUCAAAAACAAUUCUGUGUAACGAUCAUUUGUGUAGCCUUUAAGUUGAAUUAAGUGUUGCAUGUAACUAGAGGUGAUGUACUGUAGCAGAAGGUGUGUGCCUGUUCUGUGUACACAACACAACAUGCUAUCGACAUGCGUCUGAGGAGUUUGAUAUUGGAGAGAGGCCUCAAUCCAAUCCACUAUAGCUACCAAGAGAUUAUACUCCUUCCUGUAAGUAACCUAUGUGGUUUAUGAUGUGACUGCUUACACUUACAGCUUAUGUGACUUACUGUAAGAGUCCCACCCAUAGACAAAAGCUAUAGGCAACCAAGGAAUGCUGAGAUUGGGAGAAAUAGUUUUUCCAGGGAUGAGCCACCUAAUGUGUUAUUCAGUACCAGGUGGUCAGCCUUGAAAUUGUAUACAUGUAAGUAACGCUAGAUGGAUUAUGCAGGGGGUAUUGCACGCAUGCACGCAUGCACGCAUGCACGCACAUAAUGGUAACAGUUAAAGAGAAAGAGACCUUGGUUCCAAGAGGGACUUAAGUGAGAGAGGAAAAAGGAAGAGUAAAAUGAUGUAAUUAUGUUUAAUUAAAAAUUUAAAAAUAAAAAGAAUACCAUUAUUUCUGACGAAGAACACACAUGUAAAUAUAAUGUCUAUGUAAAAUGUAUUUCCGGAUUAUAUGAAAGUAUUCGUUUAAGUAUUCCUUAAUAUUCCCUACUCCCAAAAGAUAAUAAAUUUUCUUUUUAAUUGUUAGAAUGUUUUUGUGAAUAGUGGCACCGAGGAUUUGGCAGAAUUAACAGUAAAAUAAAAGGCAAAAAAAAAAAUUGAUAAGUGAACACUUCCCUGAGUAGUGUGAUCAUUUAGUAGUUUUUUCUGAGUCAUAUAUAAUAUAAAUAUCAUAGACUACAUGAUAGUCUUUUAUAGAGGUUUUGUCUUUGAGAAAAAUGUGAGAAGCACAUUACUAUCUUCAUCCAAAGACUCUUAUACACUUAGUGAAAUGUAGUUGCAAAAUGUGUUUUUAUUGUAUUAUAAUUACAAGUAUAACUUAGUACUUUAAAGAUGACUUCUUUUCUUUUGUCUCUAGGUGGCGUCAACCCAACAUUCCUCUCUUACACCAAUGUGAAAUGUCCAAGUCGUCUGUAAACCUACAACUUCGCUAAGAUAGACUACUGAGCGCAGAAGCAGAUGUAGUGAGGGGUGGAGCGUCGGAAUUAAAUGACAGGGUGGUUUAUGCUACAAGCCAUGUCUGUUCAUUCCUUAAUUCUCUUUGGUAUCUCAAUUUAUUUUGCACAUUUGCAUAUGUGCCUGUUUAAAGGGUAUGCAUAUACUUGAAAGAAUCUGUAAAGUUGUAGCAGCAAAGUCCAGUCCUACUUGGUUAAUCAGUGUUUGAUACAAUUGGAAGAGUUGAGUACUAAACAGUCUUCCAGCAUGUAAAUGCUUCUGACUUGACCAUUAGCGUAAUAAAAAUUACAUUAUUAAUCUUGUCAAAUGCUUUAGUUUCUGGCUCUUAGAUUCACCUAGUAAUUCCACACACGAAAUAUUCUUUGUUAUAUAUGAUGUUUAUUAAAACUUGCAGUAUGAUUAUUAGAAAGAAUUUGUCAGAUUUUUAAAUAUGAUAUUAUUUAGGAAAUCUGUAAAUAACCAUGCAUAAGUUGCUCUUUACAUUCUUUUCUUAAAUUGUGUCUAGAUAUCUUUUCAUUAAUUUUAAAUUAAGUAAACUAAAUACAUAGAAAUAAACUUCAUUAAAGAUGGAGUGGUUUAGGGUGAACUUUAAGAAAGUAUGAGUAUACCAAAUGCUGUUUAAAGAACAAGUUAGGGCCACACCAGUUUUAGGGGUUUUCAGAUGAGAACCUUACAUUUUAAGAUUACUCACCUUACAAUUCUUACAAGAAGAGAUUGCUUUAGACCUUAUAUUUAUUACAUCUAAGACAAUUUAAAAAAUUAAUUUACCAAAUAUAUUCUCAUUUGCAUUUGUCUUUCCAAAAGCCAAUAAAAGUAUCUUUCAGUAUUACUGUAAUCAUUUUUUUCUUUAAAUGUUUACUCUGUUAAGCUUAGCAAAUAAAAUCUUGUUCUGUUAA